GCCCGGGUCGCUGGGCCCGCGGGUGGGUAGUGAGGCUGUAGGGCCCGGCGCCGCGGGCAGACCGGGCCCGCCAGGUGAUGGGGGCCGAACGCCAAGGACAGCAGGAAUCGGGAGAAAUGGCUUCCCUUGGAUGCCACCAGCACGCGCGCAGCAGUUUAAUCCGCCCUCCAGCGCGCCGCUGUGAGGACCCCGCAGACCCGCGCCGGUAGUGCAGGGCUGGGGCCGGGCCUUCCUGCUGGGAAAAACGAUGGUCGGCGAGACCGGUUCUUCCGGGGACCGCCGGUGGCCUGGUCUCCAAGUAAUAAAGUGAUUACAGUGACCAAAUUGAUUAUCUUGGCGACUGCAACUCUUAGAGAGCAAUGUCACCGCCAACCCUUGGGCUGGAGGGCAUCUGAAGUUUCACCCCAUUUGAAUGAGUUAAAUGUGUUGCUCUCAAAUUUUUGUCAGGUGGGACAUUAAAAAAAAAAAUUCCUAAAUGAUUAUAACUUGGAUUUCAGGCCCAUCUUUUGGGAAUUUUUUCAAAAAAGACAAUUUCACUUUAUUUAAAAAAUCCUUUAUAGAGUUCAUAUUUGCCCUAUCUCUUAAGAGUGCUCUAGAGGAGUUUUUUUCCUCUUUCAAAAUAAUACUCCUAGAAAACUUAAAAAUACAACAGAAAGAAAAGCAACAUCUUUUAAAAAAUUUUUUUUUUAAUUUUCUUAAAGCUAACACAUUAACUUUCAGUAAUAACAUUUUUAGCUUUGAAACGUUCCAUUUUUUAAAUUGUGUGUGCUAAUAAUGCAACAGAACAGAACAGCUUCCGAAUACUGCAGUGUAAUGCCACUGUUAACAGUGUGUUUUGUGUUAGUACGUUUCAGCAUCAAAACUAGGGGAAAAAACUAGAAAUGGCUGUGGAGGAGCUUCAGUCCAUAAUAAAAAGAUGUCAAAUCCUAGAAGAACAGGACUUUAAAGAAGAAGAUUUUGGCCUAUUUCAGUUAGCAGGGCAAAGGUGCAUAGAUGAAGGGCAUAUAGACCAGCUAUUAGAAAUUAUCCAGAAUGAAAAGAAUAAGGUCAUCAUUAGGAAUAUGGGCUGGAAUCUUGUUGGUCCAGUUGUUCGAUGUCUUCUAUGGAAUGAUAAGGAAGGUGAUAAAAGAAAAGAUUACUUUCUGAUGCUUGAUUUAUUGGUAAAGUUAUGUAAUCCAAAGGAAUUAUUGUUGGGUUUGCUUGAACUGAUCGAAGAGCCCUCUGGAAAACAGAUCUCCCAAAGUAUUCUCCUUUUACUUCAGCCAUUACAGACAGUGAUUCAGAAACUUCGUAACAACAAGGCAUAUUCAGUUGGAUUAGCAUUGUCUACCCUUUGGAAUCAGCUAUCUCUUCUUCCUGUUCCGUACUCAAAAGAACAAAUACAAACAGAUGAAUAUGGCCUUUGUCAGUGUUGCAAGGCCUUGAUAGAUUUCACUAAGCCAUUUGUGGAAGAAGUCGUUGAUGCCAAAGAAAACUCGCUGGAAAAUGAAAAGUUAAAAGAUGAAUUAUUGAAAUUUUGUUUCAAGAGCUUGAAAUGCCCUUUGCUGACAGCACCAUUCCUUGAACAGCCUGAAGAAGCAAGAAAUGAUCCUUUAAGAUAUUUUGCAUCUCAAAUCGUGGGGUUUUUAUCAGCAAUUGGAGAACCUUUCUCCAAAAUGAUUUUUAAUCAUGGAAGGAAAAAGAGGAUUUGGAAACCUCUUGAAUUUGAGGAAGAAGAAAACAAACAAUUAGCAGACUCUAUGGCUUCUCUGGCAUAUCUAGUAUUUGUACAGGGCAUCACUAUUGAUCAGCUUCCAAUGGUCUUAAGCCCAUUAUACCUUUUGCAAUUUAAUAUGGGGCAUAUUGAAGUCUUUUUGCAAAGAACAGAAGAAUCUGUUUUCUCCAAAGGAUUGGAUCUGUUAGAGAAUGCUUUAUUAAGAAUAGAAGACAACAGUUUACUUCACCAGUACUUAGAAAUCAAGAGUUUUCUUACUGUGCCUCAGGGCUUAGUGAAAGUAAUGACGCUUUGCCCCAUUGAGGCAUUGAGGAGAAAGGGUUUAGCUUUGCUGCAACUAUAUAUUAACAAGUUGGAUUCACAAGGCAAAUAUACAUUAUUUAGGUGCUUAUUGAAUACAAGUAAUCAUUCAGGAGUAGAAGCCUUUAUUAUUCAAAAUAUCAAAAAUCAAAUUGAUGUAUCAUUAAAGAGAUCACAUAAUAACAGAUGGUUUACGGGACCACAGCUGAUUUCCCUUCUAGAUUUGGUACUCUUUCUCCCAGAAGGUGCUGAAACAGAUCUGCUGCAAAACUCAGAUAGGAUUAUGGCUUCAUUAAAUUUAUUGAGGUAUUUGAUUAUCAAAGAUAAUGAAAAUGACAAUCAGACUGGAUUAUGGACAGAACUCGGAAAGAUUGAGAAUAAUUUCUUAAAGCCACUCCGUAUGGGACUUAAUAUGUCAAAAGCACAUUAUGAAGCAGAAAUUAAAAAUAAUCAAGAAAAUAACCACGAAGCCCAGAAGUCUAAAGAUAUUUGUUCUGUAACUGUAUGCGGAAAGGAGAUCCCUAAUAUGCCUCCUGAAAUGCAGCUUAAGGUCCUACAUUCAGCUCUCUUCACAUUUGAUUUGAUUGAAAGUGUUCUGGCUCGAGUAGAAGAACUCAUUGAAAUAAAAACAAAGUCUGCCUCUGAAGAAAAUACUGGGAUAAAGUGAAGGUUCCACCUCCUAAAUAAAAACUAGUAAAAUAUUGUAUUUUCUGACUUAUUUAAUACCUUUAUUAAAAAUUUUUUCUCAUUUUAUCAAUUUGCUUAAUAAUGCAUAGACCAGUAGUAGUCUUUGGUUUUUAAAAAGUUAUCUACAUGGUGAAUAAUUCCCUUAUAUGUAUUCUAAAUACUACUUUAAAAAAAUCCAAUACAAACUAAUAAUUUGUAUCAUAAUUCCAUAAAAUGUAGUUGAAUUGCCUUUAUUCAUUCAUGUAUGUGAGUUUCUAACAAUCCUGAUAAACACUUUCUGCCAGACAGAUGCCAUGUUACAUUUUAGAACUCCCUGUGUCAAACUGAGUAUCACACCGUUUUGAGUUCGGGCAGCUGACUGCUUCCCUUAGCCUCCUUCCCUGUGUCAGGAGGAGUCUCAGGGAGCAGGGUCCCUUCACCAUCUCUCCAGCAAAAGUUACAAUGUGGAGGCAUGUGCAAAAAUUAACUUUAGAAAUAUAUGCAGCUCUUGUGGAGAACCUUUUUUAAAAAAUGAUUUUUCCUUUAGUCUAAGGGGCUAAUUAUUAGCAAAUUCUGUGUUUUUAUUUCCUAGUAAAUAUUUGUCCACUCAAUUUACUUUGUACCAUUAAGAAUCUACAUCUGAAUUUUACAAUAUUAUGUACCAAUUUUUUCUUAACAUUAUUAAAGGAAUUAUGUAACAAAACUCCU